UCGGAAUUGGAUGUGCGCACUCGUCGCAGUUCCAGUGGUGGUGUUGCACCGUUUGUUGUGGCCUCCGCUACCUUGCUCGAUCGCGCAACAGGUUGCAGUGCGAUCGAUGGACUGAUCGAGUCACAACCACCAGCACCAGGCACCAGCACCGACACGGAUUGCUCGGGGACACGCUACUUGUCAUUCCGAAACAACCUCCAGCACCACCAGUGCGCCCAUGAAAUUGGCCGUAAACAAUUGCUCAAAACCUGCUCCAACGGCACCGCGUGAAGGAAGGAACGCCUUGAACGACAACUUUUUGCCAACCAGCCAGCCAUUUGCUCCGCUCCGGACCGCAUUCUGCGCUACAUAACAACGCGCCGCCGCCGUCGUCGUUAGCUUACAUUAGCGUGAUCACUGAAACUGUUGACCGCGCAGUGUGAUAAGUGAAAAGGGCAGCACCGCAUCGGGUGGCAGCUAAAAAUAAAGUGCAGACUUUGAGCGCCCCCCGGGAACCCGGAUCAAGGUCUCUAAGCCAGCGAAGGACGUCAUCCAGGCCGGUUUGUUUCAGCUCGACAGGACCUUCCGCAACCGACCGGGUGCUCGUGUAAGCCGUUGUCGAAGUGUCGAAAAGAAUGCCUCACCAGCUGGCGGAGUUGCGGCUACUGUGGGCCGUUUUCAUCACCCUGUGGCUUACGGUGCGGUUGAGCCCCGCGCUAGCGUCGGGCUUUGGCAAGUGUCCCAAUUACCCGUCAAUGCCAAAGUUUAACAUGACAAAGUUUCUGGGCAAGUGGUACGAAGUGGAGCGGUCGUUUUAUCUUCCCGAACUGGCGUCCGGGUGUACCACACUGACCUUCGAGAACACCACGCUCCGGGACGCGGCCGGCAGGAAUCAGCUAGAAAUUUCGAUUAAAUCCGUCAACCAAUGGACGGGCAACCCGUCAGUGAGCAUCGGCGAAGCCAUUCCGGAGAGUGAAACAUCGUCGAUUAUGGCCGUUCAACUUCAGUCGCGCCUUCCAACGGCUAUUGCGCGGCUACUGCCGGGCUCUGGCCGGUACCAGGUGCUUUACACGAACUACGACAAUUUCGCCAUCCUGUGGUCGUGCACGAGCUUUGUGGCGGUCCAUGCCGAUCAAAUCUGGUUACUGGGGCGCGAGCGUGACUAUUCGACCGAAAUUAGGAAAAAGAUCUACAAUGCACUGGAGCAACUGAGCCUGGACCCGGACCGUUUGUUCAUUGCCAAGAACAAAAACUGCCCCACGACCCUCUAGGCUACCUGGGCCAACAGGUAAAUGGUUAGUUAAAAUCUGUGAUAUUAUAAAAACGGGCGGCAACAAUCGGUGGACAAGUGGGGGGCCCCAAAACCGACGGAACGGUUAAGGUGCCCAGUUUCAACUCGCCGCCACGAGCUAUGCCGAAGCCAUACGCGGGCGUAACAGUUAUCGGAUGCAUGGCGCUGUACCGGAGAUGGCGUGAUUUUGCAGUGACAAACGGUUUAUUUUUAUUUACUGAGUUGGCAAGUAGCAUUUGUAGUACCAUUAAAAACAUAUAUAUAUAAAUGUCCGAUGCACAGAUAGGAGAGGUAGAAGGGAAGCAUACAAUACACAACGGUAAAGUGGUUUCUUGUUCACGAUUCAUAAUAAUGCUGCUCUAAGCUGCAUCCGUUCUUCACGCUAGCUCCAAACGCCUGUGUCAUGUGGUGCAUCGAUGCCGCAGCGAAGAAGCUAUCCUUCGAAUGAAUGUUAACUUACAGUCAAACUUAGUUUAAUAUCUUUCGCCAACGAAUCUCGACCGCGAGAAACACUGAGGUUGUCCCAAGUGCUCCGUUCGAACGAGGGCACCCGACCGGGUCGGGUUGGUAUACGAGCUCUAAAACAGUGUUGCGUGUCCUUUCUGCUCCUUACCAUAGGCGCUAGCUGUGUAACUUAAGUACUGAACUUAACCGAGAUUGAAAAUAAAAGCCUUAUUCAGAAAUGCCCACGUUGCACGGAUUCGUUAAAAUGUUAAACCAUAGUGGAAAUAUGAGAGGUAGAAACGCUAGAAUCAAGCAGAUCUAAAGUUAAACGCUAAAAGUUCUACAUAUGCACACAAAGUGCUA